AGGGCAAACAGUUCCCUUCCUGGUAGACCACUUGGACAUUACUAUACAAUUUAGUGCCACCGGAGUCUCUCCUACCAACGCUCCUUCUGAAGCUAAAAAUAGAAGAGCAGAUAUUAGCGCUUUUUGAUUCUGUUGUACACCGCCUGCUGUAGUGUUAGCUAUAACGCUGUCAGGGCCGUUUGCUACUUUUCAUCUGCUCCGGGCCGGUGAAAAUGCCCAGCUGGCCAACAGCGCUCGGAGGCAUGUUCCUCACGGGAUAUGCAGCCACGCAGGCUCCAAAGAUGGGAAUAGACUCCCCGACCACCUUCUUAGCGUCCGCGCUAAAGAACCUGGGCGAUGCCGGGGCUGGCGCUGCGUCAAGCGCCCGUGUGCCAGGAAGCAGUGAGAUGACCGUGCUGCAAGGCGAGGUUGACCGCUUACACCAGCUUCUAUCGGAUGUGGUGCGAGGCCAGCAGAAAGGCCCGGGCUACACGGUCAUCCAUACCGGCCGCGGCGGCAGUUGGACCGUGUACGUGGUCCCCGCCGUCAUCGUCGGCGGCGUUGCGUACCUCUACGUCCGCAUCCGCGGCCUCUCCGUUUCCGACUUCUUCAUGGUAACCAACCGCUCGCUGCAAGGCUUCCGAGACCAGGUCUCCGCCAGCAUGACCCAGCUCUGGGAGGAGCUUCGCAAGCACAAGGACGAGUUCCUGUCGCGUUUCGCCGUCUUUGGCGAGCAGCAGCAACAGCUCAUGGCGCAGCAGAACGAGAUGGGCGAGCAGCUGCACAACGUGUCCUCCAGCGUGGACGAAAUCCGCGACAUCUCCAACACCAUCGAGGCACGCGUGGGUCAAAUGGACCAAACCAUCAACCUCAUGAACUCCGGCGUGCAGCGCGCCAACGAGGGCAUCUACCUGCUGUGCGCCACCAUGGCGGAAGUGACCCGGCGGGUCGGUAUGGACACCGGCCGGCUCAAGUCCUACGUGCAGUCCACGCCGCCCGAGCUGACUGACAGCAACCCGGGGCUCCGGACGCUGCUCGCGGACUUUAGCAGCAGCGGCGACCAGCCCGUUGUCAGCGGCACCGCCACCAUUACCGAGCUGCUGGAGAGCGGUGAUGGCGCUUGCGGCGAGGUGGGCUCGCCGGCGCAGACACCGGUGGUUGGGACGUCUCGCAGCAACUCCAGUCGGGCUGGAGGGCUGCUUGGGGCGGCGAGCGGUGAUAUGGGGCUGAUGUACACGCGGGGGUCGGGCACGCUGCAGAGCUCGGCGUCCGGACGGGGGUUCAUCGGGAGCUGGACGGGGCUGGGCGGUGGCAACCGUAGCCGCUCGGUUGCCAAUGUGCACUGAUGUGGGUCGGGUUGGGCGAGGAGAGCGGGAUGGAUGGAGGGUUGGAGAGAGAUGGGAUUGCGCUUUGAGGAUGGGGUGGGGAUGUGUGUGCUGUGUGUGCUGCGUGUGCCUUGGUAAUUGCAUGUGGCGUGCUGCAUCGGGUGAAGGGGAAGCUGCCAGGGAGGAAGGUGAAUGCAGCUUGAGAAGGGUCCUGUGUAUUCCGUGUUGACACGGAGUGUGUGUGCGGUUGGGUCGGUCUGUGUCUGGGGCACACGGUUGUGAAACGUUCGAGGGUAAUGGGAGGGAGAGCCGGUGGACAGGAAAGGCAGGCGUGGUAUGACAGGACUGCAAAACGUGUUGACCAGAAUGAAGUCUUCUGGAAAGCAGUAUCGGUAUGUGCCUGUCUGCGAACUGGACAGUAGAGUCUGCAUGCAGGAUACAAAGGAAGACCCGUGGGUCGCUGUUUGCUGUGGCGCAGCUUAGUUGCCUUUGUGCUGAGCAGGCUGCGGAAGAGGACUAGACUUGCUAGGUUUAACGCUUCCUACGGCGCAAGAAAAGAGUGGUGGAUGCCUAGCGCACAAAUGCGGGCGCACCUAGGCCAAUAUUGAAGGGCCUGGAAGGAGAGAGUUUCGUAUCACCUGGCGUCCCCCUAGAUUAUCGACUUCGUGUGACGCCUUGAGACAAACAAUUCUUGAGUAAUGCCAAUAGCUAGACGUACAUAAUGUGUGUUCAAUUGCUGGGUUACCCGCUGUCGCCUGUACCAAGUACUAAAAACCUAUCUUGACUUUGCUACGGUAUAUAAGAUGGAGUUGCGCAGAGAGCGCCUCAUUGGUGACUAGUUCACUGACUGUAAUGUAUUACUAAUUUUGAA